AUGUCCGUGCUAUCCGGAAUUGCCAGACUACUCAACCCUUUCGCUUGGCUGCGGAGCAGCAAAAAAGUGGAGCAGACUGCACAACAUGAAUACGAGUUCCAAGAGGAAGAGAGCGAUGUUCACAGCGAUGGCUGUCAGGAACAGAUGGGUGGAGAUGUGUUUCUCGGGACUGCAAAGGAAAAUGAGGAAAGCAGCAUGGAGUCGAGUGACAAGAUCGGCGAACCGGACACUGUGGAAAACCCAACACUUCUCGAUUUGGAAAGGUCACGCCCUACUGAAUCAGAGACACUGCGGUGCGAAGUUAAGCUCAAAUCGGAGUUCGAUAAGUAUUUUCCGACAUCGAAGGGAGACAUCGUCAGCGGCGUGGCUACGGACGGCUUACAACAAGAUCCAGGCAAAGAGACGAAUCCGCAGUCCGUGAAACCCGUGGUGGCAUCUACACAGCAGGGACUGGGCUUGAGUGCACAAGCACCUAACGAGGAGAAGGUUGAGUCACGGUGUGGCGUUUCGGACAUGACAUUAGAAGGAAGCGAUGAACCGAUGCUGAGCCAAGAGACGGGGAACGAGAUGAAAAUGAGUUACGAAAAAACUUCAAUUAAAAAUGGGUGA